AUGGUUGAAGAAGAUCCUCAAGAGUUCAUUGAUGAGGUGUAUAAGGUUUCGAUGGUCAUGGGAGUGACUUCAGUGGAAAAGUCGGAAUUGGCUGCUUAUCAACAUAGGGGUUUUGCUCAAGUUUGGUUCAACAAAUUGAUGGAAGAGAGAACGGUUGAUGCAGGUCCUUUUGAUAGGGAAAAAAUUAAGGUUGCUUUCCUCGAUAGAUCCACCGAUGAGUAUAUCCAUGGAGUUAAUGACUUUCUAGAUAAGGCAUUUGAACGAGCAUCCCAAGGAGAUGAAAUAUUAUGUCCUUGUAAGAAGUGCUUUAAUCGUUAUUGGCAUUGUCGAAAUGUGGUGGAGGAUCACUUGAUUUGUCAUGGGUUUGUUCAUGGAUACACCAAAUGGGUUUUCCAUGGAGAAGGGUUUUCCUCAAGAAAUACGCCACAUCCAACCAAUGAUGAUGAAACUUUCGACAGAGAAGACGGUAUUGAUAAACUACUUCAAGAUACUUUUAGAAAUGUAGCAGAUGACCUAAGGCAUGGAGGAGUAAGAGAGGGACUAUCUGAAGAUGCAAAGAGAUUCUUCAUAUUAGUGGAAGAAGGGAAACAAGAGUUGUAUCCGGGGCGUAAGAACUUUUCUAAGUUGAAUUUCACCAUUCGGUUAUACUUGUUUAAAUGUAUUCACAAGUUGAGUAAUGUAGCCUUUUCAGAUUUGUUAGACUUGAUAAAAGAGGCAUUUCCCUUUGCUCAGAUACCCGAGUCUUUCUACAAGGCAAAAAAGGUGAUAAAAGAUUUGGGUCUUCAUUAUAAAAAAAUUCAUGCAUGUACUAAUGACUGCAUGUUAUUCUGGAAUGACACUGCAAAGUUAGACAAGUGCUCAGUGUGUGGAUCUUCUAGAUGGAAGAAUGUUCGUGAUGACUUGACUAAUAAGGUCACUAAAAUUCCAGCAAAGGUUUUAAGACAUCCUGCCGAUGGGGAAGCUUGGAAGGAUUUUGAUUCCUUGCACCCUGACUUUGCUAGUGAUGCUCGUAAUGUUAGAUUGGGUCUUUCAAGCGAUGGUUUUAAUCCAUUCCAAACUAUGAGCAUUUCCCAUAGCACAUGGCCGGUUAUGUUGAUGAAUUAUAACUUACCACCAUGGAUUUGCAUGAAGUCGGAGUAUAUAAAGUUGUCAAUGAUUAUUCCAGGUCCAUCGUCUCCUGGAAAUGAUAUAGAUGUAUACUUACAAUCACUGAUUGCAGAGUUGAAGGAACUAUGGGAAGUGGGAGUGGAAACAUAUGAUGUUGUAACAAAUCAAACAUUUAUAAUGCGUGCAGCUUUAUUGUGGACAAUUAGUGAUUUUCCAGCAUUGGCAAUGCUUUCCGGAUGGAGUACCAAGGGGAAAUGGGCAUGCCCCACUUGUAAUCAUAAUACUUGUUCCCAAUAUCUCAAAUAUUGUCGUAAGAUGUGUUAUUUGGGUCAUCGAGCAUUUUUACCUCAUGAUCAUCCAUAUAGAAGAGAUAAAAAAUCCUUUAAUGGUAAAGAGGAGCAUAAAGUUGCACCUACUCCCUUAUCAGGCGUACCAGUUCUUGAAGAACUUCGUGAAUUCAAUAAUGUUUUUGGAAAGAGCCAAAAGAAAAGAAAAUGA